CAUGCCUCACGUGCUCACGUUCAUAGAAGGGCCAAGGAGAGCGGUAAAAAAAUACGAAGCUGGAGCAGCCAUCUACCAGGGCCCGGCCUUGUUCAGGCUGACCAGUUUCCAACCAGAAGAUGACCAGUUCUCUGAUUUCUAGGAGGGAUUGACAGUGCCCGCUGCCCACGCAAUCAAGACACUUUACAGGGACUACUGCCCACGGCUGGAGGAAGUUCCUCAUUCGCGACACAUAAUGAACGCUAUGCACCAUUCCAUACUGUGCGAGUUCAUGAACAACAUUGGAUUCAUGGUAUUCGGAAACCAUCUCAUACCUCUCGACCCUGCCGAGCUCCUUCCCUUUGGCGACCCGAAUGGAAACGCCCGGUUCACCGGUUAUUACAAUGACACUAUUUCCGUUUUCAGAGCCACACGGGACAUCGCCGCGGGCGAGGAAAUUCGGAUGUGUCGUCCGUCAUACAUAUGUCUCUGCCCGCUAUGCUCUAUUCCGCCACCAGCCGUAGCCUUGCGGCUUAACCCCGGAGCCUUCCCGUUGAUUCCCGCCUCCGGCAGCUCCGCUAGCGGCCGGGCCGUCGAUGGAGAGAGACGCGAGGAAGCCAAUCGAGGCGAGGAGAGAGAGAACAGCGAAGAAAGCAAGGAAGCCGAGGAAGAUGAGGAAGUACGGGAAGACGUCAAGAUCUCUAAGCGAAAUAAGGGCAAGGGCAAAGCCAUCGACUACGUUAUCGACAACGGUGAAGGCCCCAGCAGCUCCAAAGAGGAGCGGCAGGCCACAGACCCCUACUCUGGUUCCGGAGAUGGUCCUUUUUCCUUUCGAGCAGCCUUGGCGCUACCGGCUUCGGGGCCUGGACUGCCGAGGACCCUUGAUCCGCUCAGGAUGAACCCUGCCAACCUGUCCACUGGUAACCAACAGCAGAACAAGGCUGCCAAAUCCGACAGCGGUGGUGAUUCAGAACAUGUCGAGAAUGUUACCAACAACGACGGCGCGAACGACGUGCCCCAGGACAAGAAGCCAAGUCGCGCGGCCAGAUUCAAACUGGUCUUGAAGAAAAAGUUUGGAAUCAAAGACAAGUCUGAGGUCGAUCACCAAGAGGUCAGCCACAACAAGGAUAACCAAGCCGAAGGCGACCAAAUCGAGGAUAAUCAAUCCGGGGUCAAACAACCUGGUGACAGCCAACAGGCAAGCGAACAUCAGGAGUUGGCGUGAUAUUUCCAAUUCCGAGGG